AUGACAACAUUUAUAACUUUGCUAUGUAGCCCAAGUGAAACACAGGCUAUAUUAAACGCACUGUAUCUUUGCUGGAUUCACAUCGUCUGCCUCGCCAUCUCUGCCACAGGGAGUCUAAUUCAGGAUGAGAUUAAUAUUGCACACUCCGAAUCGGAUGCGAAGAAAAAUAGUGCAGGAUCAUACGCACUAGUCAUCGCAUCCUUCGUUUCCCGACGGGACGAUUUGAGAUCGGUAUCGGCAAAUCAACAAUGCGCGAGUGAAAUAAGCCGAAUGACCGGUGGCUGUGCAAAGAAUGGUAUUGGUAAGGGCUGGUUGAACGAACCAACGCAGUUUGAUGGUUACCUUUCGUGGGCAACUUUGCGUUGGCGGUUUGAGCCAACCUCGUCCUAG